GGCGCGGGCAAGGGGAGCGGGGCUCCCAUCCCGCUCGGGCGACGCGAGCUGCCCCCAGCCAUCCCUGAUCAGGCAGCGGGCGAGGGCGGGUAGGAGGGUACGGAGCGAGGCUGGUGUGUCCCUGUCCGGCACGAGUCCCCGCUGCCGCUGCCUGCGACCCGGCCGGGCCUUCCCGGGUUCUGCGGGCUGAGAGCGCCCCUCCGGGAGGACAUCUUCACCCGGGAGCGCUCCUGGCCGCGCCCACGCCAGCGGCCUCGGAUUUUAACUCGCCUAGUCGUUUCAGGCACUCGUCCCCCUGGCCUUGCCCCGAUUUAACUCUUUUCACGCUCCUCGUUGUCCCGGGGCCCUGAGGGCGCGCGACCGUUCGGGAGGCUUUGGGGAGAUGCCCUCAGCCCCGGGGCCAGGGACGUGUCCCUCGCCAGACUGGGGGACGCGCACCGGGACGGUCAGUGCCCCGGAAGACAGACGGGAGGUUGGGGGGAGUCAGUGCAGGGCUGCCCGGCUGUGAGGCUAGAGCGUGGUACUGGCGGGUCCCCAAACCCACCCGGGUGCUGGCUGCCCUCCAACGACGGGUAGGUAGGUGCCUGGGCUGCGGACAGAAAAGCUGCGUAGGGAUGAGACCUCAGGAGCAAUAGCCUUUCUCAAGCGCUUCUUCUGUGCCAAGCACGCUGCUGUUCGCUUUCAUGCACCUGGAUCCGCGGCAGGAAAUUUUAUCAAAUAGAUGCUAUGGCUGUUCUCAUGCUACAGGAGUACUGGGUGUCAGCGUCGCACAGCUGGCAGGUCAUCACACCUACAUCGGCCUGGCGCGAAAGUCCAGGCUACCCGCCAGAUGAAGGGUGGCAUGGGGAAGUGUCCCAAUGGGAUGACUGGGUGUGAAGAGUCCUGAGAAGUUUUUUCCUUGUCCCACUCCAGGUAAGAGAAGAGGUGCAGGAGGCAUCUGGCAAAUGCAGAGAGAGAGGACCCUGAGCACAAAGGCAGGAACUGAGUCCAUGGCUUUCAUCAGAUCCUCAAAACCACUAAAAGAUUACCACCUGCUGCUCUAGGGCUUUGCUGGUGGCUCCCCCCAACAAUUACGCGAGGUAACAAAUUGGAAUUGAGACUUCAGGCCCCAGAUAAAUUGUUCACUGUUGGAAGGGACAUGGCUGUGGCCCUGGGUUGUGCGAUCCAAGCCUCCUUGAAUCAGGGCUCCGUGUUUCAAGAGUAUGAUACCGACUGUGAAGUCUUCCGCCAGCGCUUCAGACAGUUCCAGUACAAAGAAGCAGCCGGGCCUCAUGAAGCUUUCAACAAACUCUGGGAGCUUUGCUGUCAAUGGCUGAAACCAAAACUACGUUCUAAGGAACAAAUCUUGGAGCUGCUAGUGUUGGAGCAAUUCCUGACGAUUCUGCCCACGGAGAUAGAGACCUGGGUGAGGGAACAUUGCCCAGAGAAUAGAGAAAGAGUUGUGUCACUGAUAGAAGACUUACAGAGAGAACUUGAGGUCCCAGCACAGCAGGUGGAUAGGCAGGAAGUGCUCUUGGAAGAACUGGCACCAGUGGGAACGGCGCACAUACCACCAAACAUCCACCUGGAGUCACCCCCAGUUCAAGUGAUGGGACCUGCCCCGGCGGCCCCAGUGGCAGAGGCGUGGAUCCCACAGGGAGGGCCGCAGGAACUGAGCUAUGGUGCUGCUGGGGAAUGCCAGCCCUUUCUGGACCCAGGGCCAGGAUAUCCAAUACCAAAGCUUGACAUGAGCUUUCCAUUGGAGCAGAGAGAAGAGGCAUGGGUGAAGGAACUACAAGAUUCCAAAGAAAUUAAACAGUUACUUGAUUCCAAGAUAGGUUUUGAGAUCGGGAUAGAAAAUGAAGAAGAUACUUCAAAACAGAAAAAAAUGGAGACUAUGUAUCCAUUUAUUGUUACAUUAGAGGGAAAUGCUCUCCAUGGUCCCAUUUUGCAAAAAGACUAUGUACAGUUAGAAAAUCAAUGGGAACCCCCACCAGAGGAUUUACAGACAGAUUUAACAAAACUUGUAGAUAAUCAGAGCCCCUCCGCAGGAGAGAAACCUGAGAGCUCCAACUUGGAAGAACCUCUCAACCCUAGACCCCAUAAGAAAAAGAGUCCAGGGGACAAACCUCACCGAUGUUCUCAGUGUGGAAAAUGUUUUGCUCGGAAGUCACAACUUACAGGGCACCAGAGAAUUCAUUCAGGAGAGGAACCUCAUAAAUGCCCUGAAUGUGGAAAAAAAUUCCUCCGUAGUUCAGACCUUUAUAGACACCAACGCCUGCAUACAGGAGAGAGACCCUACGAAUGCACUGUGUGUAAAAAGCGAUUCACUCGGCGGUCACACCUUAUAGGGCACCAGAGAACCCACUCUGAAGAAGAAACAUAUAAGUGCCUCGAGUGUGGGAAAAGCUUUUGUCAUGGAUCAAGUCUUAAAAGACAUCUGAAAACUCAUUCGGGUGAAAAACCUCAUAGAUGUCAUAACUGUGGGAAAAGUUUCAGUAGACUGACAGCUCUUACUUUGCACCAGAGAACUCACACAGAAGAAAGACCUUUCAAAUGUAAUUAUUGUGGGAAAAGCUUUCGACAGAGACCAAGCCUUGUUAUUCAUCUAAGAAUUCAUACAGGGGAGAAACCAUAUAAGUGUAGUCAUUGUUCCAAAAGCUUCAGGCAGAGAGCAGGCCUUAUUAUGCACCAAGUCACUCAUUUUAGAGGACUUCUUUAGGAAUUGUUAAAGGAAACCGGUCCUGCAGAAAUUGUCACUAACAACAACAAAAAAUCUUAACCUGCAGCAGGCAGUUUGUGUUAGAAGAAUCUUUUUGUUUGAGCUUAUAAGGAUAGGCUUUUUUCUUUUUACUUUGUAAAAACUCAUCUUUCAAGGCAUAUGAAUUCUAGAGUGUCCACCUAUACUUGUAGCUUACCAAGAUUUGAUUUAUUCUGUCUCUACAGCCUUUAUUUUUUUAUUGCAAUGAAAAUUUUUGUGUCCCAAGCCAACCGUAUCAUAGAUGUAAACAUAAAGCAUAUAAAUAAUGACAGUCCUUUUCAGGCAGGGUUAGUAUAAUGGGUUAGCAUGUCUAUCUGACAUAUCUAUUAUAGCAGCACCAUAAUUAUUCUGCUGUCAUUAUUAAAGGUGAUGAUAUAGUUCAAAGCUUUAUAUGUGUCCCAAGUGGCAAGAAAGGAGAUAGUAUAUUUUGUCAAAUAAUAAAAAUGUGUCAGGAAUGCAUGGAUGAAAGGGAUUUCAUUUGCCUGAUAAGAACUGGGUUAUUUCCAUUGAAAUUUUUUAUGUUUAAGGAAAUUAAGAUUUUACCUUUUACUUAUGAAUUUUGCAAAGUUUGCUAAUCUGCUUAGUUGGUAGUCGGGGUGAUGCUGCUUAGAGCUGAGUAUUAAUUUGAUGAUGAUAGAUUUUGUUCACAGAAUAAGUAAUCUCUGUGGAAGAAUCCAUUUGACAGUUGGGUCAUACAGGUAGAAUCUAAUUGAAUUUAGAUUGAGGAGCCAGUGUCCAUUGCUUUUGGCUCUCCUUUGGUAGUCCACCUCGUGUGUCUCAGUGCUUUUUAAAUUUCAUCCAUUCUUUAAUUCAGUGUCAGCCUAUGUGUGUGUCAUAGAACACUUAGUGCUAAAAGAUAUUCUGCAAAUAAGUUUUGGAAUCCCUUCCUUUUUGUUUCCCCUUUCUAGAUUCACGGUGCACAUCAGCAAAUGAUACUUUCUGAGGGGUCUUCCAGUAAAGGUGGAAAAACACCUCUUUUGACUCAAUGUUUUGCAAACCUAUUUGACCCCAAAACCCUUUUUCAUGUAUGCCCAGUAAUAACACACAGAACUAAUAUUCUGCAAAUAUUCCCUGGAGCACACUGCCUUUAACAGAUAUUCCUGUAGUUAAUCAGUAUAGUCUUGUUGCUCCCAAGCCUAGUUAAAGCCCACUUGUUUAAGGGUGUUAGAAAAAUUCUUUACACAUAUACAUUUUUUAUGUAAUACACACACACAUAAAUAUAUUAUUUUAAGGAGGUGAGGGUCACUAAUUCAGAUAAUUUAUAAGUUGCUCAGUGAUUCUCAACCUCUUUGAAUUUUACUUAUAAUCACACACAUUGAUAUUCAUGUAAAUGUUCCCGUAUACUCAUGGUAAUGACUCAAAUUCCUGUAACAAGGGAAGAACUCUCCUUGUCAGUUAAAACUGUUAAUUCCUGAAAAUAUUAAUUCACCCUACUUCCUUGUUAUAAAAAUACAAGAAAUAUUUUCAUUCAAUUAUUUUCCUUUUAUAAAGAUACCAGUCAUCCUUUCCUUAGACUAAAAUUAGGGAAAGUAUAUUUUUUCUAUUCCACUAAUGUUCUUGAAAGUGAUAUAUUUAAUAUAAGUAUUGGGGAGGGGGAACCAGUAUGUGCCUAACUAGUCCUGUUCUAGGCUUAAUGGAAACUACUUAAAAAAAUUAAUAAUUCAUGGGUCAGGUUCCUAAAGAGUUUGUAAACUUAAGUUAAAUAAGAUUUGGGAAACAAACGGAGAGCAGUGCAAGAGAGUUUAUCAUUAAGUGCCAAAUCAUGUCAAGUGCUAGAGGCAGGAUGUGUCUUUAAUUCUGUCAUCCAGGUCCCUGUAUGAUGCUGCUGUAAGUGUGAGGUUAACACUGAGAUCCCGAGGGCAAUAAACAUGUAACGUGGGAGGAGUCUGAAUGUAGAGAUGAAAGGUAACGAAUGUAAUGGCUUCUCUUUUCUCUCUUGUGGAAGUGCAUUCAAACCAGAACAGUGCCUUAGAGUGGAUGAUCCCAGCUGCUCUGUAUCUAUGCAAUAUUUUAAUAAAGUGGAGAUAUAUAUGCUCUUCCUGCUUCAAUCACAUUAACUAAUUGUUUGAGCAACUUAGAGCUGCUCCCUGAGCAGUGGCAACUAGCACCACAGUUGACUCCUGCCCUCACUCUAAGUUGGAAUCACUUUACUCUCUGCAGCCAUGGUGCUGGGGUUAUGCAUCAUUUUUCGCAUUAAAUACAGUCAGUUUCAGCUAGUAGGGUUAGUUGCAAUCGUACUAUGAGUACAUUUUCCCCUUCAUCUAUAACAUAAAUACCCAUCACUGGAUUUUACAGGGUAGAGAAUAUGUAUUAUUCAUUUCUUUGUUACAGUGUCCUGUAUACAACAUGAACUAAUAAAUAUGUGUGGCAUGGAGUUGAAACAUAUGAAAUUGUUCUUGGAAAUUGAUAUCAUAGUUAGAACAUCAUGUAGAUGUGCCUAGUUGUACUGAGCAUAUCAAAAA